AUGGCUUCCCCUGCACUCCCCAACAUCUCUGCGGACCUCAUCUGGGAGAUUGUCCGUGAGUGUAACCCAUCAGCUGAGCCGGAGGCUUGGACGCGACGGACAAAUGCUGAUGGCGAAACGUGCGCAGGCAACAACAACUCGUUCCUCGUCAAGAGCAACUGCGCUGGCGGCGUUCAGUUCUCCCGGGACCCCUUGAACCUGACCAACAAGAACUCCCGCAAGCAUGCCGGUUUCGUCAACGACAAGGCCAUCGGCGUCGUUGCCAAUGAGAAGGGUGGCGUUACCGUGAUCAGCAAGAAGACGGCCAACCCCACGAGGCCCGCCCAGACCUUUGUCAAGGCCACGUAUGGCGGCAACAAGUCCAACCGCAAGAGCUACAAGGCCGUUGCCAACCAGGCCGCCAAGUCUGGCUACCGCAGCGACCUGAGAUCCGCCGCCGUCGAGCGCGUCUCCGCCAUCCGCCGAACCCAGCUGCCUGUGAAGGCCGACCCCGAGCCCAAGCUGCGAGGCAACAAGGCCAAGAAGGCUGCCGAGUCGUCGUAA